AACUGGCUUGCCACGGUAUAAAACCGUGCGGCCGGGCGCCCAUGACGUUAUUCGACCUGCUUUCGUCUCGCUGAGUAGAGUUCAUAGCAAUUCAAGAUGACUGGUCGCGGUAAGGGAGGAAAGGGAUUGGGAAAAGGAGGAGCGAAGCGUCACAGGAAGGUUCUUCGUGAUAACAUCCAAGGUAUCACCAAGCCGGCUAUUCGUCGUCUGGCGCGACGUGGCGGUGUGAAGCGUAUUUCCGGUCUGAUCUACGAAGAAACUCGUGGUGUACUGAAGGUAUUCCUCGAGAACGUUAUCCGCGAUGCUGUCACCUACACCGAGCACGCCAAGAGGAAGACCGUAACCGCCAUGGACGUCGUAUACGCCUUGAAACGCCAAGGUAGAACUCUCUACGGCUUUGGUGGAUAAACGAAGAGCAGUGGAUUGCUUCGAAUCAAUCGGCCCUUUUCAGGGCCACAAAUAUCUUUGAUGUUUGAAUAUCUCUUCCACAAUAUAAUUUUUUAUAAAGAAUUUACUUCAUAAAAUAAAUUUGAAGUUAAAUAUGUAAUAAGCUAGAAAAGUACGUAAUUACUUCCUCUUGAUGAAAUAAAAUAUUCAGGUAACCAAAGUGAUAUAGAACUGUCAAAACCGAAAAAUGCUAGUAUUACCUAGCAACGCAAAGUCAAAUUUUUGAAAGAAACGAGAAGUUGAGAUAGAAUGUUUCCAACAUUCUUACAUUUAUGUACAAAACCUGAAUAUACGAAAAUUAAAUUCAGGGACGAUGUGUACAUAUACACUGUUUUUAUUUCUUUAUUGCUUCUAUAAUUAAAAUUCAAGUACUACAUUACAAUGUUUGAGUUUUAGAUGCAACUUUUCUAUUACGAGCUACUAACAUAUUCUAUCAAUAACAUCGUUAGUAUAAAUUAACAAUGAUACA